AAGAACGACGACACGUGGCCCCACGGCAGCCGUUCAACCUGUCGUCGAGUCACGAACAGACCGAUCGUCCGGAGACCAUUGAGACGAUAGAUAUGGAUGGAACCAAAUCCUCAGACCAGCCCAAGCGCCGGGCUUGCGACGAGUGCCGAGGUAGAAAGCUCGCCUGUUCCAAGGAAAUCGAUGGAUGCGCCCGCUGCAAACGGGAAGGCAUCAAAUGCGUUUACUCACCCCAGAAGCGCAUGGGUAGACCGAGGAAGCAUCGCCCCGUUGAAUUGGCGGAGCCUCCGGCUAAGGUUAGUGAACCUCGCGAAGCUCCGACCGUAGAAGCGCCGCCGGUCAUCGUCCCCGACUUCGAAUUCGAUAGCUCCAUCGGCAUGGACCUGGACCUUUCAUUUCUGGACAUGAGCGGCGCGGACGUCAACUUCUUGGACCUAGUCGAUCCCAACUCACAGUACCUUCCUCCUCCAGCUCAAACCAGCAUAGAACAAGGGACUGCCGGAUACCAGAAAUUACCGCAACUUGGAAACACCCCCGGCGGCGACUUCUGGUCCAUGGGCAGCGGUGUUCCUGGCGAUAUCAACUUUGAUGGGCCGCUCUGCGCUUCCACCCCACCCCCAGCACCUGAGAUAACCCCCGAAGAAGUCGCGCAGAUGUUGUCGGCUGACCUCGAGACAUUGCCAAGUCUCUCGCCUCCAUCUUCAAGCUCUCCGAGCACACACGGCUCACCGGAAUCUGACGGGCCCCCAUUAUGUGGCUGUCUCUCGAAGCUCUACCUCGCCUUGGCCUCCCUCCAAACCCUUCCUAAAGACGUCAGCGAAGCGAUGAGAGUCGCCCGCACCGCCACCAGAAUCGCCCACGACACCAUCCUGUGCCCAGUGUGCGGCGACCCGCCGAUCGACCCGGCCGGCAAGCCGCCGCUACAGGCCUAUCAGAAUAUGAUGAUGCUCGGCGCACUGCUCCCGUCGCUCUCCAACGCGUACAUGCGUAUCCUUGGCAUGGUGGAUGCCGAGGCUGCGGCCGCCGACAAGGACCACCGCAAUAUCCGGUUCACACUCAGCGGCUACGGCGGGCUCUGGGGCCUCUUGGCCAAGCUGGACCCCGUUGAGUGCAACGCCUCCGAGCGGCUCGAGGGCGCCAUGCUUGAGCCGACUCUUUGGCGGCUGGCGGUGCGCGCGCUGCUGAAGAUAGACGUGUAUGGCAUCGACGGCAUGACAGCAGAUAUUAAAUGCCGUUUCGGUGACAUACAGCAGCCGGGGCUGAAGGACAUCAUCAAGAUGAUGGAGGAGCGCUCGCGCCGGCGGCAUGAACAGCUGGACGCCAUGGUUGCUGCGGGCAUUGUGCAGAAGGUCAACUGCGACUAUGUUCCGCUUACAGCUACGGGCGAGAAGCCCACGUGUCUGCGGAUCAUCGACAUCGCGAAGCGAUCAAUGGACGAGUUGGUUAUCCCUUGAGAAUGGUGGCCUUUUACGUCGUGACAGACAGACAGACGGACAGACACAUCCGGUAUGAAUGUACCGAGGCGGCACCCGCGCCCUUUACGCCGCCACCAGACGUACCCAAAACCGUCAAGGAGGCACAGAGAAGGGACGCCGCGCCCACCGUACCACGGGCUCGCGUCGCCC